UUUCCCCCCGUAACUUACUUUUGCUCUCUCAUCAACUUGACGAAGAAUGGUCGGUGGUCGUAAGCGCGCCGCCGCCGAGGAAGGAUCCGGCCCCACUACGCGGGCCAGCAAAGCUGCUAAGACCGGCGACGGUGCUGCAGCAGGAAAAUCCAAGGGCGGGAAGAGAGGCGGCCCAAAGGCGAACAUGGCUGCCAACACAUUCAAGGCCAACGCGCUGCCAUUGCAUGUCAACAUAACCCACACUCCCCCAUCUGUCGCCGACAAGAACACCGUGCCCGCCACUGCGGCCGACCCAGGCUCCCUCGGUUCCAUCACCCUGGUCCCCAGCGUAUUUGCCACCGGAAGCUAUGGCUGGAAGGGCAACAAGCGGAUACAGGUAGAGAUUUCAAAUCCCGAGGGGGGAGGCGAAAAGGAGAAGGUGCACGUCCAGUUAACGAUCAAUGCUACUGUCCUCGGGAGCAAGGGCGCGGGCGGUGACGAGGACAAGGAAGAAAAGGAGGCCGAGGAAGCCAAAGAGGAGGCCGCUGAGGAGGCCAAGGAAAACGGCGACGGCGAAGAAAAUGCUGAGGAGGCUGCGGAGUAAGAUAUCACGGCUCCUCACCGCGUACCUACGUACCUUCUAGACUGUUGUCAUGCUUUGACUUAUGUAUGUAUUGCUAUCGUCACGAUUCCAUGGGAGUUUGAAUGGCGUAGGAAGUCCGAACGAG